AGCAGGAGAAACAAUCCCUUCACUAAGUGAGACAUUGACAAUGGUGGUGAUGUGGGGUACAAUAACAGACUAACAGUUUUUCAAUACAGUAGUAGGGAAAGGAUCCAGUAUUCAAGUAGUUGAGUUCAUUGACAAAAGUUUAGACAAAAUCAGAAUCAACAACACUGAAACUUGAGAAAACAUAGUCAGAGAGAUUUGGAGGAUGCAACUCAACAAAUUCAGAAGCAAGAUCACCAGCAAUAGAAUUAUAGAUAUUGGAACAGUUAAUGUUACUAGGAGGUUUAAUAAGAUUAUUAACUGUUCUAAACAGAACUCUGGGAUUAGAGAUGUCACUGCUAAUAAUUGUAGAAUAAUAUGCCAUUUUUGCAGCUUUGAGAGCAUUGUGGUAUUCAAUCUGAUGCUGAUCAAUCAUUGAUCUAUGAACUGUUAAAACCGGGUUUUUUUGUAUCUCUGCUCUAACUGCCUGCCUUUAGCUUUCAUACAACGUAACUCAGAUGUAUAACCAAGGAGAUGAUCUCUUGAAAGAAACAACACAUUUUUUCAGAGGGGCAACCUCAUCCAGAAUAGAUGCGAAAGCAGCGUUAUAUUGGUCAACCGAGGCCACAACCAAUCUGAGUUCAGUUCAGUUGGGUUGAUUUCAUGAUGUGGAAUAAUUGACAUGGCAUGUAGAGCUGACAGCAGGGCACUGCCUUCUGGACUUUACUGCCUUUAUCAGAGCUCGGCAACCCAUUUAAAUACAGUGCUGAUUCCUUCUCAACACUUACACACAGAAGAGGACAAGAGAAAGAGUCUGCGCAUAAUCAUGAAGGUCCUGGUAGUGUUUGUCAUUGCAGUUUUCACUGGUUGUCAUGCCAGUAUGUUGUGGCAGGAGAAGUCAGUGCCCAGUAUGGAUCUGGUGAAAAACGCAUUCUGGAAUUACGUGUCUCAGGCAACCCUCACAGCUGAGGACACCCUGCAGAUGAUCCGAAACUCAGAACUGGGUCAAGAAAUCAAUGACAGGAUCUCUCAAAGUGCAGAUGCCAUCAACAAAUACACCCUGGCCAUUCAAAAUCAAGUAACUCUUCUGACUCGAGACCUGAUGGCCAAACUUUCCCAAGAGGCAGAUCAGCUGAAACUGCGCCUGGAACAGGAAAUGACAUCUGUGCAGUCCCAUCUCAAGCCUUACGUUGAGGAGAUCAGAGGUGAUAUUGAGGAGCAGGUUGAGCGGCUGAAGAAGGAUGCGGCGCCAUAUGCAGAGGCCCUGAACUCCGAGGCCCUGAGAUCUACUCUGGUCCAGGGGGCCGAGGAGCUGAAGGCCAAGCUGGAGAGAAGUUUGAUGGAGAUGGGUCCUCAAACCGAGGAGCUGAAGCAGAAAGUGGACCAGCACUUUUUGGAGUUUCAGAUGAGCAUGUCACCAUUAGCCCAAACCUUUCAGAGUCAGCUGGCCCAGAGAAGUCAGGAGCUUCAGAAGAAUCUGGCUCCCUAUUCAGAGGAGCUCAGCAAACUGGAUCCAUACGCUCAGGACCUGAAGACCCAGUUAACAGAUCUCUGGGAGUCCUUUGCCAAGAACAAGCAGUCUUGAGAGACUUUUGGGAAAUGCAAAAGGACAUUUCUGUUACCAUUGAGGGUUUCACAUAGUAUAUUUCUUUGUUGCUCAUGUAUGUUUUUCAAAAAAAAAUUUUAAUAAAAUAGCACAAACACUAAUUUAUAAUGCUGUGGUCACUCCAAUUGUGUGAGGGGUUUUCAAAAAAAACAACAACACAAACUCUAUGUCUAAAAUACUACACUACGGAUAUUUGUAAUGCUGUGGUCCAUAUGCAAGAUUUUAAUUGCAGAAAUGUGUGCGAGGCUUCUGAACUUCUGAACCCAAAUAUGAUUACUUAAAGCUGGAAUAAACAUUAGACAUCAUACACUUGACUUUCCAACUACUUACUAAGGAUCACACACUAUACCAGACUUUUUCCAAGUCAUUCUGAGCACAACAAAAUCACACAGAAACAUGAGCCUUUUUGCUAGGACAUGACAAAUAAAAACAAGUGAGUCUGUGGCCAUCACACACUACGCAAAUUUCUGUGAACUCUGUAGACUGCCCAAAAUCUGCAGACUGGCUCUGACUUUCAGCAUCUAGCAUCUACUUGUCCAGACUGCAAAUAUCUGUAUAAAAAUCAUGUAUGUAUUCCAGUCUUUAGAGCCACAAAGGUAGCGGACUAGGUGUGAUACUUGGAUAAGCACCCAAGUUGUCCAUAUGCAAAAAAAAAAAAAGUUAAUUGCUUUAUCUUUAUUUGUUAGUCAGACAAAAGAACAAGGGUUCAAAUCCUGUUCAUUUUGACAACACCCUGUCACCAAGCACCCAGCUAUUUUACCUCACACUUCAAUUUUAAGGUCAUGUGGCCUUUGAACCCUAUAAGGAAUGUUUUACCUACUUUUUUGUAACAUUUCAAAUAGUCAGGAUAAAAGUGUUUCAGCCCACAAUAUAUAGGGCUUGACAUUAUCAGUUAUUGAUUGUGUGACCAAAAAAAAAAAAAACCUGGACUACAGAAACAUUAAAAGAGCAAAUACAGCUGUGAAAAUGUAUAAUGUAGCCCUUUUUCAUGGUUGCACCUAUACAUGUUAAAUAAU